GCUCGGUAGGCUGAAACAGAUCCACCUCCUCUGCGUCGCGUGGUGGAAGACGAGGACCCCCCGAAAAGGCCAAAGCCCACCCACAGAACCCUAACCUAGGGUUUCGCCGCCAUGGGAUCCGCCGCCUCCGCCGCAGCGCCGCCGCCGCCUCCUCCAGCGCAGCCCCAUGGGGCCGCGCCGCCGUAUGGCGCCGGGCUUGCCGGCAUCCUCCCGCCGAAGCCAGACGGCGACGAGAAGGAGGAGAAGGUGGACUACCUCAACCUCCCCUGCCCUGUCGCCUACGAGGAGAUCCAGCGGGAGGCCCUCAUGUCUUUGAAGCCUGAACUUUUCGAAGGUUUGAGGUUCGAUUUUACAAAAAUGUUGAGCCAGAAGUUCGCGCUUAGCCACAGUGUUCUUAUGGGUUCUUUGGAAGUUCCGUCUCAGUCAGCUGAUGUUAUAAAAGUCCCGACAGCACAAUAUGAAUUUGGGGCCAAUUUUAUUGACCUUCCAAAGUUAAUGCUUAUUGGAAGGUUGAUGACUGAUGGAAGGUUGAAUGCUCGUGUGAAAUGUGAUCUGACUGAAAAUCUGGCGCUGAAAGUCAAUGCACAGCUUACCAGUGAGCCUCAUUACUCCCAAGGGAUGUUCAACUUUGACUACAAGGGCACAGACUACCGAGCACAGUUUCAAAUUGGAAACAAUGCAUUCUAUGGGGCAAAUUAUAUUCAGAGUGUUACUCCGAAUUUGUCUAUGGGAACAGAGAUAUUCUGGCUUGGUCAGCAAAGGAAGUCAGGGAUUGGUUUUAAUUCCCGCUAUAAUACUGAUAAGAUGGUGGGUACUCUACAGGUCGCUAGCACUGGUAUAGUUGCAUUAAGUUAUGUCCAGAAAGUUUCUGAAAAGGUGUCCCUUGCUACUGACUUUAUGUAUAACCACAUGUCCAGAGAUGUGACUUCUAGCGUUGGUUACGACUAUAUCCUUAGGCAGUGCCGUCUAAGGGGCAAAAUUGACUCAAAUGGUGUCGUUGCUGCGUACUUGGAGGAGAGACUGAACAUGGGUGUCAACUUUCUUCUGUCUGCAGAGAUUGACCAUGCAAAGAAGAACUACAAGUUUGGUUUUGGAAUGACCGUAGGAGAGUAGAUCUGCUCACAGCAAUUACUGUGAAAGGACUACAGAUGCUUCCUCAGCUCGUUGUAAGUGGAGGUUUACCAUAGUCUCAGUUUCAAGUGAUCAGGUUCUUUCCCUCCGUGCAUUGCGAAAACACAGGGUCUGGUUUUUGCUACUUCACAUAGUUUCUUCAGUGUACUUGCGGUUGUCACACUUCAGCUGCUUGAGAUAACAUGGGCAUUUGGGUGUCCAUGAUUCUUUGUUUAUCUAAACAAAGCUGAAACGUUGUUGUAAUAAUGUUCUCUCGGCUGCUGGAAAGUUUUACAUUUAGGUUUCCAGCACUAGGAUUUUCUGUGCAAUGACCAUAGUCCACAAGUUGCAGAAAAUACAUUGAAAGUUAAUGUGCAAUCCUUGUUGCGUGCA